AUGGCUGAUCCGCCCCAAGAUAUGGACAUCACGGACCAAGAUUUGCCCCAGACCGACGCUGAAGAUGCGAACGACCAUUCCAAAGCACUUUGCUCCAUAAUCGGCAUGAUCGAAGUACACGGCGCCGAGCGUGCGACCUCUGUCAUCUAUCAGCAGCAACACAAUGAGUUCAAAAAUGGAAACUUGAAGCAAGCAGUUAUGAUUGGGAGGUUAGGGCUGGAAGCGAUGCAGAAAGUGGUCGGGAGGGAAGAUCCAAGCACGCUGACAUGCCUGGCUAAUCUCUCUGCGUUGCUAGCGGAGUCUACGGCGGAUAGCUGGAACGAGGCGGAAUUUCUAGGACUUGAAGCUUUCACUCAGAGACAACAGGUUCUAGGGCCUCACCACCGUCACACACUUCGCUCCUUGCUCAAUCUUGCCGCAAUUUAUCGGAAACAAGCCAAGUUCGAACCAGCCGAACGACUAUAUCGGCAAGCGCUUGGAUAUCCCCAGAGUGGUCUGACGCUUGAGUUUAUGGCCGGCUUGCUGUCAACAUGCAGGCAUCAAGGCCGAAAAGAUGAGGCUGAAACUCUGGCCAGGCAAAUAUUGGAAAUUAGGGAGGCGCUGUAUCAGGAAGGAGAUACAAAGUUGCUAGCAGCUUUGCUAGCAGCGAAAUCCGAUCUCGCAGGGACAUUAGCUGAGCAAUGUCAAUACGAUGAGGCGAAAGCCCUGGUUACUGUAGUCAGGGUUAAGAGACUACAGGUACUCGGGCCGAGGCAUCUUGAUACGCUUGCUUCCACGGCCGAUUUGGGUGCCAUCCUUAUCUGUCAAAGCGAAUGGGUUAAGGCAGAACAAGUUUUGCAUCCAGUCGCGUUGAUAAUGGAACAAGAACUUGGCAAAUAUCACCAAUACACACUGUCGACCAAAUCGAAUUUGGCCAAAGCCUUUACAUACCUCGACCGAUACGAAGAGGCAGAGACGCUACAACUCGAAUUGCUUAACAUACGGAAGCAGGCCUUAGGAGAAGAGCAUCCUGAUACGCUAGCCUGUCUUGCCGACUUGACGUCGACAUAUCUCAACCGAAGUGAAUUCGAAAAGGCAGAACAAAAUCAGUUAGAAUUGGUGGGAUCCAGAGUUAAGGUCUUAGGUGUGAAGCAUCGUGACACCCUUGUUGCUCGAGCCAAUCUCCUCGAAAUAUAUGAUCGGCAAGGACGCCAUUUGGAAGCAGUUCGAUAUGGAGAGUCGGUGGUGGAAGACAUGAUGGAAAUUCUUGGCAAGAAGGACCAAGAAACUCUUAUUGCUUGCAGCAGCUUGGCUUGGGCAUACUGCCAGCUUGAACAGUACGCCAAAGCACACAACCUUAACAUUAGUGUGGCAGAGAAAACAGAGAAAAAGCUGGGCCCGGAUCACCCUCAAACGGUUGAAGCGAAAGCCAAUCUUGCCUUUUCACAUGCGCACAUGGGAAACCCCGAAUCUGCAAAGAAGCUUGCGCUGGAGGUUUUUGGGCGAAAGGAACUGCCGGUGAAUAGCUAUUCGAGGCGGAUGUGGAUUAACAAUCUCUGCACAGUUUUAACCGAUAUGCAAAGUUUCGAUAUUGCAGAACAGCUAGGAAACAAAGUUUUAUCGGGGUUCGAAAAAGCGUUUGGGCCAAACCACCGUGACACCAUUGUGGCCAAGUCCAAUCUCGCCUUGGUAUACAAAGGUCAGGGCAAGCUCCAGCAAGCCCACACAUUGGCACGAGAAGCAGCCGAAAAGAGCUCCAUCCAGCUUGGCAAGAAUCACCCCGUCUCGCUUAUAUUCUACGCGAAGGCAAAGGUCUCGUAUAACGGUGGUCACCAAAACAUUAUCAAAUUUCACGGCUUACGAGUCCACCGCGGCCGCAUCACGGGCAUAGUGCUGAAGAAGCAUGAUCGGACGCUCAAACAGUGCCUGGAAUCGGACCCCGCCGCCUUUGCAUACCUGGACCGGGAUGCCAUCAUAAGCGGGCUCCAGUCGGCAGUCACUUUCCUUCACAGCCUGAAGCUCGCGCACAACGAUAUCAGCCCGUAUAACGUUAUGAUCGACGAAAAGAACCAGCCUGUGCUGAUUGACUUUGGGUCUUGCGGAACCUGGGGACAACAUCUACAAACCUGUGGGACUAAGGGGUUUUCAGAUCAAGAGUUCUGCAUAUCGAAACAGAGGAAUGACUUUUUAUCUUUAAAUGAGCUAAGGGGGUGGAUGAAAAGGGAGCAGGAGAAGGUCAGGCAGAUGGCCUGGGAUGUAAAUCACUAA